AUGGGAUUAGUAGAAGCUUGGGCAUUUGGAAUGACAUCAGUAGAAGCUUGGGCAUUUGGAAUGGCAGCAGAAGAAGCAUUUACAUUUGGAAUGGCAGCAGAAGAAGCAUUAGUUGCAUUUGGAAUGGCAUCAGUAGAAGCUUGGGCAUUUGGAAUGGUAGCAGUACAAGCAUUAGUUGCAUUUGGAAUGGCAGAAGCACAAGCAUUUGCAUCAAGAUUGAAAUCAGAAGGUUAUGAAUUGUUUGUUCAAAUUCUUGUUGCAUUAAAACUUACUGCAUCGGUUUUGUCAUACCUGGCAUAUGAUCAGUAUCGGUUAGGUGAGGACACUGUUCACAUUGAGGAUGUCAUCGAUCUUGAUGAGUUUGUUAUGUUGAAUUUCAUGGUUGAUCACUCCUUCCCACAUAUGCAAGCAGAUGAGAAUGGCCUUGUCUUUUACCCAAGAGAGACUGAUCAGAGUCUGCACAUUUAUGUUGUCAGUGACAAGGCAAAGAAGUUUGUAUUGUCACUGCUGGAUGCUCUCCGGGAGAAUGAGAGACAUGGCAUAUGUUUUGGAGAGUUUGGGUGGAACAAUCUAUUGGUGAGCAGAUCUCCUGGGAAAGCUAAGUCUCAUGAUGUGGCCUUGAUCACAGAUCUAGUUGGACCUGCACUGGAUCACCAGCUUAGGCUUAACUACACCAAUGCCCAUACUGUCAUUGCUCACCUAUUCAUGAAUGAUGUUCCUAAUGAUAUAGGCGCUCUCUUGGAUCUUAUGCAGUAUAAUUUUGCGGAGAGAUCACUGUUUUCUAUCCAUUGCUCAUUGGUUUCCAUGGCAAACCACUCUGGUCUCUUCAAGGAGCUCUUUGACACGCUUUUUAAUGUUGUACCACCAGCUGAGCUGCAUGAUAUUCUGCAAAGAAUGAGAGCUAUUUUCCUCUUACUCUUUUGCAUUGGAGGGCAUGGAUAA